CCUCACAAUUCUCCUACAUUUCCAAAACCCUUCACUCAUUUGUCUGUCUUCACUUUGUGCUUUCGAAGUGAAGGCAUAGAUAAAAAACAUAGAGUUUUUUUUUCUUCUUCUUUAGUUUUCUUUCUGAGUUUUCUGGCCGUUCCUUUGUUUGGUGAUGAUAUUUGUUUGAGUUUGUUGGUUUUUGGUCGAGAUUAUAAGCUGAGAACGGGGAAAAAUGUGGGAUCUUAAUGACUCGCCGUAUCAACAACCUAGAGAUGAUGAAUCCAAGGGCUGUUGUUCGUCGCAUAAGACUCCCGUAGACGGAGAUCAAGACAAGGGAAAACGAGUCGGAUCCGUGUCGAAUUCGAGUUCUUCCGCUUUGGUGUACGAGGAUGGAUCGGAAGAAGAUGAUGGUGAGCGAGUUAAAGCGGGUUUAAAGAAGAGAAGUAGCAAGAUUUUCGGUUUCUCGGUGCCUCACGAAGAAGAAGAGUGUUCAAUGGAGAGUGACUCGGCUCCCGUGACUCACCAGUUCUUCCCUCUGGAUCAGGACCAUGAACUGGGUUCCUCUUCGGGUUUCCCGCAGGCUCACUGGGUCGGUGUCAGAUUCUGCCGAUCGGAGCCUAUUGCACCGGAAAGAUCCGGCGAAGCUUCGCACCCGAUGAAGAAAAGCAGGAGAGGACCUAGGUCGAGAAGCUCUCAGUAUAGAGGAGUUACCUUUUAUAGAAGAACUGGCAGAUGGGAGUCUCAUAUUUGGGAUUGUGGAAAACAAGUUUAUUUAGGUGGAUUUGACACAGCACAUGCGGCUGCUCGUGCAUACGAUAGGGCAGCAAUCAAGUUCCGGGGAUUAGAAGCCGAUAUAAAUUUUAGCAUCGAAGAUUACAAGGAAGACUUGAAACAGAUGAGUAACCUAACCAAGGAAGAAUUAGUGCAUGUUCUUCGCCGACAAAGCACCGGUUUUCCCAGAGGAAGCUCCAAAUAUAGAGGAGUUACUUUACACAAAUGUGGGAGAUGGGAAGCCAGAAUGGGCCAAUUUUUAGGCAAAAAGUAUGUUUAUUUAGGCUUGUUUGACACCGAGAUUGAAGCUGCUAGGGCUUAUGACAGAGCUGCAAUUAAGUGCAAUGGCAAAGACGCUGUCACUAACUUUGAUCCCAGCAUAUACGAAAACGAGCUUAAUAAUUCUGGUGAAGCUUCGGGUAACGCCGGAGAUCACAACCUUGACUUAAGCUUAGGGAAUUCAAACUCGAACAAUAUAAAACCGGGGGCUGAUAGUCAAAGUGCUAUGGUUUAUCCGCAUAAUCUACCAUCUGAAGCAACUGAUUGGCAACAUCAGGGAUUUAGGUCUGAGCGGGGACAAUUUAGAACUGAUGAAGCCCAUCAACGAAGACCGGAUGGAUAUAUCGAGGAAGAAACAAUGCAGCUGUUGAGUCGAACACACAUUCAGUCUCCAACUACAACCAAGUAUAAUGGGCAGUUCCACAUUAUUCCUCCUUCGUCCACGUAUCAGGUGUGUGUUUUGACUGAUUGGACAUUAAAAUGACUUUCCUUUUAAAAAAAACAUACUUGUGUGUGUGAAUUAUCAGAUUCAUUUUCCAAGAAGCAACAAUGGAGGCCGCAUUGGGAGUACUGAGCUUUCACUAUCAAGCAGUGAUAAUCAACAGUGGCAAUCAGGUCCUCACCAGUUGUUUGGAAAUUCUGCAGCAUCAUCAGGAUUCCCAUCGCAGAUUAGACCUUCUUCCCAAACUUGGCCUCACCAAAAUUGCUUCCAUUCACUCAUCUAAAA